GCGACAGGACUCGGGUGCCCGCAGGACCCGCUUUCCGCACUCCUCACCCGUGCGCACGUGCCCGGAUCUGGGACCCGGCUCCCCGCAGGGCUUCCACCCUGCGCCUCGCCUCGGCUCCCCCGGAGUUCGGAGACCAGCCCUCCCUCCCAUCCCCCGGAUCAGCACCGGGGGACCGGGUGGAGGGGCCCGCGGGGAGCGGGGACGCCGCGGGGUGGGAUGCCGUGGGAUGACGUAGGGUCCGCCGCGGCGAGGCGAGGGGGGCAGCGGGGGAAGCCGUGGCAGGACUCGGUAAUGAGAACUUGGGCCCAGUUUUUUCCAAACCUGCAAGGGCCGAGUGUGUUCGCAUCCCCUCCGACCUCCCCGGCAAAAUCCAUGGCGAGGAGUCUAUUAGAAUAUCGGAGAACUUUGUUUCCCAGAUUUGAGAGAUUUGAAAAGGUGGGACCUAGAGAAUGGAGAUGUCAGCGAUCUCUUUGGAUCUAGAAGGACCUGACAAAGUAACGGAAUAAUUCUAAUUUUAGAGAAGCUUUAGUCCUCAUGCCGGGAUGGCGGAAGAUAAACCUGAUGUCAAAAGCCCCAGGGUUGGGGCAAGGCCCCAAGGUGGUGCUGAAGCUGGGGAGCCUACCACCCUUCUUCAAAGGCUCCGAGGUACCAUUUCCAAGGCCGUGCAGAACAAAGUCGAGGGAAUUCUGCAAGAAGUACAGAAGUUCUCUGACAACGACAAGCUCUAUCUCUACCUUCAGCUCCCUUCAGGGCCCAGCAUUGGCGAUAAAAGCUCCGAGCCGAGCAUACUUAGCAAUGAGGAGUAUAUGUAUGCCUGUAGGUGGAUCCGCAACCACCUGGAAGAGCACAUGGAUACCUGUCUGCCAAAGCAAAGCGUCUAUGAUGCCUAUCGGAGCCAUCUGAGCCCACCUCUGACUAUAUCUACUAUAUCACUCUACUCCUACUUCCUCAGAAAGUACUGUGAGAGUCUUGCCUGUUGCCGCCCACUCAGCACAGCCAACUUUGGUAAAAUCAUCAGAGAGAUCUUCCCUGACAUCAAGGCCCGAAGACUUGGUGGUCGGGGCCAAUCCAAGUAUUGCUACAGUGGCAUCCGAAGGAAGACCUUGGUGUCUAUGCCACCAUUGCCUGGACUUGACCUAAAGGGUUCUGAGAGUCCAGAAAUGGGCCCAGAAGUAACCCAAGCACCUCGGGAUGAACUGGUAGAGGCAGCCUGUGCCCUGACUUGUGACUGGGCAGAGCAGAUCCUGAAACGGUCCUUCAGUUCCAUAGUUCAGGUCGCCCGCUACCUACUACAGCAGCAUCUCAUCUCUGCCCGAUCUGCACAUGCUCAUGUGCUUAAGGCUGGGGGGCUUGCUGAAGAGGAAGAGAGAGCCCCUCGGGAACGGUCAUCAUAUAAAUCCAAGAAUGGCGUAGAAAACCUGGAAGGUGGAGGCCCCAAGAAGCCGGAGAGACCAGCCCAGCCUCCUAAGGAGCUGGAAGCCCGAGCUGGAACUGACACCCCAGGACGUGGGGAACGGAAGAAGAGUGUAGUGGACAGCUCAGCUCCCGCAGCCAGUAAGCCACAAGUUAAUGCCCUCGUGGCCCGACUGCCCGUGCUCCUUCCCCGAGCACCACAGUCACUUAUUACACCCAUUCUGGCUCCCAAGCUUUCUUCAGGCACUCUGAAAGUAGCUACAUUGCCUCUGCCCACUAGGGUUGGGGGACCCCAGGCAGCUGUGCCCAUCAUUAACAUGAUCUUACCACCUGUUCCUACUUUAUCAGGGGCUGGGGCUAGAAUUGGGCCUGGGCUUGGGCCAGGGCCUGGGCUCGGGGCUGGGCCUGCACCUGGGCCUGGGCCUGGACCUGGGCCUGCGCCUGGGCCUGGCCCUGCACCUGGGCCUGGGCCUGGACCUGGGCCUGGGGCUGGGCCUGGGCCUGGGGCUGGCCGAGUUCCACCUAGGACACUUCUUCUGCCUCGAGGCACAGAGAACAGGGAGGUAGUGAUAAGUGGUGACCCACGACCCCAUGACAAGGGUAUCAAAAGGACAGCGGAAGUGCCUCUGAGUGAGGCCAGUGGGCAGGACCCACCGGUUAAAGAAGUGAAGCAAGAGGCAGAGGCCACAGUGAGGGAGGCAAAAAGGAAGCGGGGGCGCCCUCGAAAAAAGCCAGGCGGGAGUGGGGAGAGGAAUGCUACUCCGGAGAAGGCUGCAGCCGCAGCUGCUGUGAACUCUCCCCGAUCUCCGAGGUUACUCUGGGAGACAUGGAGCUCCAAAGGAGAAAACAACUUAGUUGGGAGACCAGAAAGACUAGGGCCAUUGGGUGACGCCAAGCAGGAGACAGUGCCUACUCGAGGUCAGGAAGAUGGUGCUGUUUCCAAAGGAGAAAGGAGCCUGAGUUCCCAGCGAGCCAAAGAAGCAGAAGAUAAAAUUCCUCCCAUCACCUCAAAAGUGAGUGUUAUCAAGGGCGGAAUUCCAAAGGAGGCCCUUUCGUUGGUAAAGGGAGAGGCUGACACCACAACACAGGGUAACAAAGGGUUAAAGGGUCGUGGACUUCAGAGUUCCCUAGCCCAGGAGCAUAAAGACCCCAAAGCAACACCCCCAUGAUAGAUAGCUCUGUGGGGAAGAAUGGCUAUGUUCAUUUGAGCUCACCCUGCCUGCCUGGUAGAGGCCUUCACUGCACCUGCUUCUCAUUCAGCUAGUCUUUCCCUAAAGGAGCCAUUGGCCUGCCUUGUACAGUGCCUGGCAGCUGCUUCAGACCUGUCCAGCUCAAUCCCUUGGCUUUAACACAACCAGUAAAUUAUAAUGACCUUCCCACCUAGAUCCCUGUGCUCUCCUGGGGAAAUAGAGAUAGGGUAAAUGUGAAUGUAGGUUAGGGCUACUCUGGCUUCCAAUCCUAGAAAACUUAGAACUCACUUAAGACAAAAGCUGUUAAUUGGCUUAUGAAAUUGGAAAGUCAAGUAGUACUGGCUCCAGGUGAGGCUUGAUCUGAUCGCUCAGUACGCGUCUCACGGCCUCACCUACUGUAAAACCAGCCUUAGUUUGGCCAUUCACAGCUGCCAGCGCUCCGAGGACUGUGUUUGCCCAGUAUAUUGAAGCAGAAAGAAAGGGUAUCACUGUGCCAGGAGUCCUAGCAAAAGCCCAAAGAUUUACCAUGAGGAAACCAGCCUGGGUCAGGUCUAUUCUUGACCAACAAGUGUGGCCAGGAAGAUGUGUAUGCUAAUGUGUUUAUUAUACAUCAUGGACCAGCUUUGGAAAAAGGGUGGAAUUGGCCUUCUCACACCAGACUCCCCAGAUGGAGACUUGGGGUGGAGGGUGGAGAGUGGCUGCUGGAAGUGUGUCUUAGCUUCCUAGGCUAGUGAGCCUAGGAAGGUGAGCUAGACGGCUGCCUUUUCCCUGAGCCUUGCAUUUCUCUCACUGUGGUGGUGACAUUAUCUCAUUGUAGUCUGGGAAGGACAGAGAAGGAAGCCAUUCUCUUGAGAGUCUCUUUCUUCUCAUGACAGCUUUCCCACUGUCUCACGGACGGCUCCUUCAGUGGUCUGACUCAGGGUCCCACUCCCUGCCACCAGUCCAGGAAAGCCAGCCCGAGGUCACUUCAGUCUGCAGCCACCAGGUGUCAGUCCUUGUCAGGACCGUGUGGGGUCAGGCUAGAUUAGCCCAGGAGGUGGUACCGAUUCUGUAAGUCAGGGAGCACCAGGGGACAGACAGAUCCAGACACUCCAGAUGUAUCCUUGGGGACAGCAGGAAACCAGCCCAUAUUAACUGAGGACUACUCUGUCCUCUCCACAGGAUAGCUUCUUGUCAGGGAAUCUUGGUUUUUUUCCCAAGAAAUACAGGUUUUCUUUCAGGGAGAUAACACCCAUUUGUCCAUUUAUUUCCACAAGAGCAGAUUUUUUUUAAUUAUAAUAAUAUUUGAUAUCUAUAGAGAAAUAUUUACUAUAAAUUAUGAAAUUCAAUGAGUACCUAUGACCCAUCAUUCAACUUAUACAUUAAAACAUUAAAAAUUCUAUUAGGUUAUGCCCCCCUUCCCUGCCUCUUCUUAGAGGUAACCACUGUCUUUAAUUUUAUGCUCAUUAAUUGCUUGUUUAUGUAUAUUGGCCAUGUGUGUAUAUAUUCUUUAAGAAUGUAUUAUUUUGUUUUGCUUGUAUUUCAGCUUUACAAAAAUGUUGUACUCUGUUAGUCCCUUGAGGUUUGCUCUUUUGCACUUACCAUUGUUUCUAAGAUUCAUCGAUGUUGUAAUAGCUGAUUCAUUCAUUUGCAUCUGUAUAAUACUGCAGCAAAUACAUACAACACAACCGACUUAGCCAUUCACCUACUGAGUAACAUUAGGCUGUUCCCAGGCUUUUGUUAUUAUACACAAUGCUGCUAUGAACAUUCUUGUAUAUGAGUGCCUUUGUUUUUAGUAAGAUUUCUAAAGAGGUUUCUAAGAUGGUCCUGGACGGUCCUUUUGGUCUGUGUACCCUCUGAGUUGGGGACUGUUGCCUCUUGUCUUACUUUAUGGAAGAGUUUACAUCAUAUUGAAAUGAACUGGUCUUGAAUGUUUGAUAAAACUCACCUAUAAAGCCAUCUGAGCCUUA